UAGUCUCUCUCUCUCUGUUUGUGUGGGGAGAGGGGGCAAGUGCAAUCCUGGUGAAUGCACCAACCUUCCUAUCUUCCCCCUCCCCUCCCAUACCCUCCUUCUUUCCCCUUCUCUCUCACCCCAUCCUAAAAAUUGAUGCCUCAGUUCUGUCUGAGAACUGAUUCCCCUCUCUCUCACACACACAGCCUCACUCAGUGCACUCGUCCAGUCGCCUCUCACUAGCACAGCCAUGCAAAGAUGAGCAGUAGGCCGAGCAACACCUCCGGGAGCGUCAGCAUGGUCUCCGCGGCGAUGUCGGCCCCAGAACCGGCCCCCAGCAGCACGGCGGCGGAUCCCAGCGUCUCGUGGUUGCCGGACACCCCAACGGCGCUGGAGCAGCCGAUAUUCCUGAUGACCACAGCGGCACAGGGCAUCUCGGGGUUCUUUGUGUGGACGGCUCUCCUAAUCACGUGCCACCAGAUCUACAUGCAUCUGCGAUGUUACAGCACCCCGAAUGAGCAGCGCUACAUCGUCCGAAUCCUCUUCAUCGUCCCCAUCUAUGCUUUUGACUCGUGGUUGAGCCUCCUCUUCUUCACCAAUGACCAGUACUAUGUGUAUUUUGAUACAGUACGAGACUGCUAUGAAGCCUUCGUGAUCUACAAUUUCCUCAGCCUCUGUUAUGAGUACCUGGGAGGAGAGAGUGCCAUAAUGUCGGAGAUUCGAGGCAAACCCAUCGAGUCCAGCUGUAUGUACGGUACUUGCUGUCUCUGGGGGAAGACAUACUCCAUUGGAUUUCUACGCUUCUGUAAACAGGCCACCCUGCAGUUCUGUGUGGUGAAACCGCUGAUGGCCAUUAUUACCGUCAUCCUCCAGGCUUUUGGGAAGUACAAGGACGGAGACUUCAACGUCGCCAGCGGCUACCUCUAUGUCACUAUUGUGUAUAAUAUCUCGGUCAGCCUCGCUCUCUACGCUCUCUUCCUGUUCUACUUUGCCACACGGGAACUCCUCAGUCCCUACAGCCCGGUGCUCAAGUUCUUCAUGGUGAAGUCGGUCAUCUUCCUGUCCUUUUGGCAAGGGAUGCUGCUGGCCAUUCUGGAGAAGUGUGGGGCCAUUCCCAAAAUCGACUCGCCAGAGAUCUACGUGGGUGAAGGCACCGUCGCUGCGGGAUACCAGAACUUCAUCAUUUGCGUCGAGAUGUUCUUUGCGGCCAUUGCACUGCGCUAUGCGUUCACAUACAAAGUUUAUGCGGACAAGCGAGUUGACUCACAAGGUCGCUGUGCCCCCAUGAAGAGCAUCUCGAGCAGCCUGAAGGAGACCAUGAACCCCCACGACAUUGUCCAGGACGCCAUCCACAACUUCUCGCCGGCCUACCAGCAGUACACGCAGCAGUCGACACUGGAGCACGGCACCCCCUGGCGCAACGGGCAUGCCGCCUCUCGGACCCACAGCAUCGCUAGCGUCCGCGACACAGAGAAGACCCUCCUGCUGAGCUCAGACGACGAGUUCUGAGCCCGU